AGCUUUCUUCUUCUGGUGAACAGGAGCCUCAGAACGAGGAAGAUAAUGUUGAAGAUUUUUCUACUAAGCCUAGUAAAAACCUUGACCUUGAAGAUCCCCCUCGACUACCUCAAGAGCAAGAACAUCAACUGGACCUCGUUCAUGAAGAAAUCAUGAGUAAUAAGAAUAGUUGUAGUACUAGUAGAAGCACCAGGCUACGCAGCAG